AUUCAGCCGACCAUCCGAUAUUGCCCAACAACUAUCGAUAGCUGCGCCAACUAUUAUUAUAGUUUCAUCAAUGUUUUUGCAUCUCUAAUAAAUGCAGCAAAACAAACUAGUGGAAUUUUGUUGAAAAUCAAUUUAUAAACGACAAAUUGGUGUUAAAUAUUAUGUAAAAAGCAUAUAAUUUGUUUUGAUGUAAUAAGAAGUCUUCUCUUACAAGUCCUCAAUCCGUUUGGAACUUUCGCGGAGACUUGGAAGCGUUGUUUCGAAGAAAACAAGCAUGGAUGUCGAACCACCCACAAAUUACUCGGACGCAGCGUCCGUGCAAUCGAACUCUGAGUACUCAGAUGCUGAAUGUGAACCUCAAUUGGAUGACAGUGACUAUUUCCACGACACAGAGCGUGAGGCAAGCGAGCCAGGUCCAAGCGUCAUAAAUGUGAUACGUGAAGGUCUUACAGCCAAUGGCGAAAGUGACAGUAUCAGCAAAAAUUCCAAUUCCAAUGCUCCUCCCAAUGUACAUAAGUCGACAUCCGCCGAAUCGCUACCCAUCAGCAAUAGUACCAGCACCGUAUCUGGGGAAAUUUCAAGCUCUUUAAGCGCAGUCAAUGUUAAUGCUGAUGACGACUAUGAAGUGCAAGAUGACUAUAUGCAUGAUAGUGUGUGGUGUGGACAGAAGAAGCACAUAUUCAUUUUGAGCGAGGCAGGAAAACCCAUAUAUUCGUUGCACGGCAAUGAAGAUAAAUUAGCGACACUAUUUGGCGUCAUACAAGCUUUGGUUAGCUUUGUGCAACAUGGUCAAGAUGCUAUUACGUCCAUACAUGCGAAUGGCAUAAAAUUUGUAUUUCUUACGCGGAAUACGCUCAUACUGGUCGCUGCGUCGCGCACAAAUAUGAGUGUGCCACAGCUGCAGCAUCAACUGAGUGAUGUCUACAAUCAGAUUUUAUCAACACUCACCUACAAACAUGUUACACGCAUUUUUGAAAAGCGUAAAAAUUUCGAUCUACGGCGCUCGCUUGCAGGUAGUGAGCGACUAAUAUAUCAUUUGCUCUCAAAUGACAGCAGUAAUAAGCGCGUGACGAAUAAUGUAUUCACCUUCCUAACGAACUCCAUACGUGUAAUGCCAUUAUCUACAACUGUGCGUUCGAAUAUCGUCAGCGCCAUACAAAGCAAUUGCUCAAAAAUUAAGGAUUUAGUAUUUGCGGUGCUCAUAGCAAAUAACAAAUUAAUUUCGCUGGUGCGCAUGAAAAAAUAUUCUAUACAUCCAGCAGACUUGCGGUUAAUUUUUAAUCUUAUCGAGUGCUCAGAGUCUUUUAAGGCUUCGGAGAAUUGGACACCUAUCUGCUUGCCGAAAUUCGAUAUGAAUGGUUAUUUGUAUGCGCAUGUUUCGUAUCUCACUGAUGAUUGUCAGGCAUGCCUUCUAUUACUCUCCGUCGACCCCAAUGUGUUCUUCACCCUCUCCGAUGCUAAAAGACGUAUAACAGAAAAACUUCGUUCUUCGAAAUGUCUCGAAGCGAUAAGUAAAGAAAUUGAGAAACCUACUAAUGGUGGUUUAAAUUUGACAGCUAUUGGCAUACCCGAACUACGGCACUUCCUUUAUAAACCCAAAUCGGCGGCACAGCUACUCUGUUCAGAAUUGGCGCCUCCUUACUCAACGUUGAGUGAAUUUGAACGCUUGGAAGGCCUAUACUGUGAUUUACUGCAUCGCAUACAUAAUAGCUCGCGACCGCUAAAGUUAAUUUACGAGGUGCACGAUCGUGAAGUGGUGCUCGCCUGGGUGACAGCUGCCUAUGAGCUUUAUGCAGUUUUUGAACCGCUUGUAGAUAAGUGCGCGGUCAUAAAAAACGUAGACAAGUUGAUUAAGUGGAUCGAAAAGGAAUAUGAUAUAUUUUUCAUACGAAAUCAUCCAACUUUCUGAGAUUGGUGGUUGCUCCGCCAAAUGUUAAGCGCCGAAAUGUAGAAAAGGCAAUAGUGAAAUUACUAAGUAAAUAGGUAAAUAAACGACGUACUCCUUCCUACACGAAUGAAGCGAAAUGUGUGUAAUAUAGAAUUGAAAAAAAAGAAGAAUAUUGUAAAAAAUAUAGCGAUUAAUGAAGCUGUGUGUGCUCGUUGCAUAAGUUUGUAAGUAUUAUUGGCUUGCGUUAAAUUAUAACUAAAAAGUUUAAAGUAAAUUAAAUUGAUUACAAGAAAGAAUAAAAAAAUUUUCUUGUAUGCCAAGCUUAAAAGGUUAAUUAAAUUCAUAUCUACAUUUCGGCGUCAUCACUGCAAAGGAUACAAGUUUUCCCACGACAAACGGGUCUAUGCAGCCCUGACCCGUAUUUGAAUCCAGCCAAGGAUUUUCACUCCAGCAGAUUCCAAACAACUCUAUGGGGAAUGUUUAUGCUUUUAAAACAACCCGAAACUCGGAGCAAUUUAUGUAUGAAAGUUUUUCCAAAAUUUUCUUUUUGAUGUAGAAAUGCAUCUCGAUGCUCUAUGAGCAUUUUCGCAAAAUUUCGAAAAAAUGUCGCUCAGAUUUUUAGGUUGGUUAGUGCUCGACGUGUAAAAGAGUUAUUAUUUUC